GAACAAACGCCGCCACAAACAGGGACCCUUAGUCUGAACUCUGAAUAUAUGAGGUGGUACAGGCGUAAGACAAAAGUUUAUGUCGACCCAAAACAUGCAAGAAGAGGACUAUUGGGUGAAAUCGCGGAAACACUACAUUUUAUGGUGUCGCCUGUUGGGAGAAGGGUUUGUACUUUUGACGAUUUACUGCCAUGUAUCGAGAAGAUCACUCUUAUAUCUGAAGAAGAGGAUAGGAUACUUGAGGCACAUCAAGAUGCUCCCCCUUCUCAGCCACAAUUUGAACAUCAGCAGUUUAAUAUACUACAGCGAAGUGUGGAGACUCGAGGCUUAGGGCGACGUCGGCAAACUGUGGAUGCAGCACCGUACAGUUUGCCUCCGAUGCCAGAACGAGAACAUGGAAUGUAUUACACACCGCCGGUAUUCACCCAAGAACCAUCGCAGAUGGCGCCGAUGUAUUCAUACCCACAUGAUUUCCAACCAGGGUACAGUAUGACAGACAUAUUUGGAUCCUCUCCUCCUUCAGGGGGGACUCCUUCAUUCACCCAAAAUAAUGAACUACCGACCCCAAAUGCCUCACUUGGUGAUCCGUGA